AUGGAGUGCUACUACAUUGUCAUCAGCUCCGCGCACCUCAGCAACGGGCACUUUCGCAACAUCAAGGGAGUUUUCCGCGGCCCCCUSAGCAAGAACGGCAACAAAACUCUGGAUUAUGCUGAAAAGAAAAACACGAUAGCAAAAGCUCUGGAAGAUCUUAAAGCCAACUUCUACUGUGAACUCUGUGACAAGCAGUACUAUAAACACCAGGAGUUUGACAAUCACAUUAACUCUUAUGAUCAUGCUCACAAACAGAGGCUGAAGGAGCUCAAACAGAGGGAGUUUGCUCGAAAUGUAGCGUCAAAGUCACGAAAGGAUGAAAGAAAACAGGAGAAAGCCCUUCAACGCUUGCACAAGCUGGCUGAGCUAAGGAAAGAGAGAGCGUGCGCUCCUGGAAGCGGCCCUAUGUUCAAAUCCACCACGGUGACCGUGCGAGAUGACUGCAGCGAUGUCCCCAACAGUGCUGCCGUGGAUUCUGCCAAAAGCCAGGAUUUCAGCUGCACACUAAUGCACGAUGCCCAGAACUGCAAAGACGUCGCUUCUGUUGUUUCCUCCACUCCCGGAGAUGCAGGCAGUCAUCAUUCCGACACUAACAAAUGUGGAGAUCAGGUSCAAGGAGCUCCAGGACACAGGGUUGGCUUCUCCUUUGCUUUUCCUAAGAAAGCAGCAGUCAAACUGGAGUCUUCAGCUGCUGUUUUCUAUGAGUUUAAYGACGACACCUCCAUGGAGCAUGGAUUUAGCAGAAGGAGUAGGUUUGUUCCGGGAACGUGUAACCUUCCAUCUCCGUCGGCAGCAGAAAUAGUUGUAUGCCCUGAGGAGAAACACAACUGUUUUCACCCACUGGUGGAGAAAUGCAUGGACACAGCAGAAGCUCCUGAAGCUCAGGAGCCCAAAGAGCCGUGCAGUGAGGAMGGCAGGGUGYUGGAGAGCCCYGSUGCAGCUCCUGCCAURUCCCACCCAAAGCAGGCAGUGUCCYUGGACACGGAUGGCCACGGUGUGGAUGGAAGCACGGCCGACUCUGGGGAACAAGCACUGCCCCUGGCUGCAGACAGUGCCCAGCUGCUGCCCCUGGAUGGCAGUGGGCAUGAGCUGCAGGCAAACCGAGCUCCUGUGCAGGAUCCUGUGGAGGAUUGCUCCUCUCUGCAGGACACUGCGGAGGAAAAGGAUACAGAUGGGAACGGUCAUCCAUCUGCAACUGAAACCAAAAUAAAAAAUCUGGGGGCAGAUGCAGUCGUUCCGUCACCCUCUGAAGAAGGUAGCGGAGCCCCAAAAAGCAAACCGGACACGUACAAGAGACCUUGUCAACCCUUUGUUCCCGUUCUUAGCAAAUAUGGAUCAAAUAUUCUUCAGUGGCCAUCAGAAAUGUUAAUUUACACAAGUACAGACCCAUCAAUUUCCUAUAGCUGUAAUCCUUUAUAUUUUGAUUUUAARUCAUCGAGAGCAAGUGACAGCCAAGAAAAGCCCAAGCAUCAACCAAACAUACCUCAUUUGCACCAUAAAACUGAAUCUAACCAUAUCUUAGUCUCGGAUUUUACAAAUAAACCUAUUCCAGAGUGUGGUGAUUAUGAAGUAGAAGUGAAUAAAAAAGUGUGCAACUGUACAAUACCCCUAUUAGGUGAUGUUUCCCUCUUCAGAAAUUGUGACUUUGCAAAAAAUGAAAACAAAGUGUCCUUGGAYGAGUCAUUCAGGAUCAGAAAAAUAGAAAAGUAUCACUUAUCAAAAAACCCAUUGCGACAGAACACUGUGAUAGAUGAGAAAUACAACAAAGUCUGGAUCAAAGAAAGUCAUGAAAAAUGGCUYCACAAAAGCAGGAAACGGAAAAGAAGAAAAAAAUUAUGUCACUGUCAUUAUCAUCAUUGUGGGGACACAACAGUARCAGAAAUGGAGAUGUCUCCAGUAACCGAAAAUGAAGUUAGUUACAGAGAUGAAAAUAAGUAUCAGCACCUCCAAAAUAAUGCAGAGAAGUGCAGACAUGAUGCAGGGAAUAUCUGGUUGACUGCAGGUGAGGUACAGCAGUCACAUCCAAAAUUUGGCUUUGAAAAUUGCCCUAAGAGAGCCAUCUCUGCAUCAGAUCACAUACACUGGGACAGAGGCUGGUGUGACUUCUGGAGUGCAAAAAAUAGCGGCCAACACCGUGGUUGUAAAGGACCACACCGAAAGAGCAAAGCAAACUCCCGGAGGCAGGCAAAGCAGCAGACUCAGAGYUCCAGGAGGCACAGCCUGAGGCACUCCAAAACAUGCUGCAGCUGGAAAGUCAGGAGGUCAAGCUGUAGCCCAGAGCAUAAAUGUUUAGGACAAUGUAGUGAGGAGAAGGGACCAAGCCAGAGCCAGCCCAUAAAGAGAAGUUGCAGUGUUCUGACAGAGGAACCUGAAAAACCCCASCGCAAGCGGAGGCAGCACACCUACUCCUCUUCCUCAGAUGAGAGCUCGUGUGGACAGACACUAUCAGCAGAGGAGUAUCUGAGGGAAACACGUGCUUUAGGUACAUAUCACAAGGCAAAAGGGAAACGCAGGAGAAGGAAAACUAGAAUCCAUCACGUUCUCCUUGACAGGAAUGCAAAGAGUGAGACCUCUGACCCUUCCAAAGAAAAUUCUGCAAAUUCUACGUCAAAUAUUUUGGAGGACUCAUUGACUCGAGACAAUCUAGAGGAAACUAAUGCAGAUCCCAAAGAUGACGAUGCAAAAGACAGGGAUGAAACAAUGGAGCUGGAGGACAGCAAGUCACCUCCAGAACCUGCUGGCCCCCAGGUGCUGGAAGACGACAAACCGAUGGUGUGCACGGAGAUGGAGAAUGCACCAGCCACGCUUCCUGAUGCCAUCACAACUCCAUCAGGAGCUGCUUCUGCUCCUGAGCACAGUGCUCCCGCCGCUGCUGCCAAACAGGRUAUCCCGCAGGAGGCAAAGAAAAAGGAAAAUGUCAACAGCCGUGAAAACCAAGCUCGUUACAAAGCUCCCGUCCCCAACAGACACCUGGAACAAGCUCCUCCUAAAUCCUAUCUUUGCCACUAUGAAUUGGCCGAGUCCCUGGCGCAUGAGAAGGUGGGCGAGGUGGCCGGCGAGUGGGUGCAGUGUAACCCCGGCAUUUUCAGCAGCUCGCCGCCCUUGCCGUUCAAAGAAGCACACAGCCACACCUUUCUGACUGCGGAGCAGCUGAUAGCCCCCUUCCCCCUGGCCGAGCAGGCGCUGAUAUUCCCYGCGGACGGCCCCGACAAGUUCAAGGAGCUGCCGUCGGAGGCGUUCCAGCAGAUGGUGCCGCAGGCCGUGCUGGCCGGCAAGGUGAAGUUCGCCUUCGGKCCCCCGGGGCUGCAGCCGCCGGGCUCGCCGCUGCCUCCGCUGCCGCUGCAGCCGCCGCUGUGCUCUACCUCGGUGACCACCAUCCACCACACGGUGCUGCAGCAGCACGCCGGCACCAUCAAGGUGCUGCAGCCGCAGCAGCAGUUCGUGUCGCAGGUGCCGGCGCUGUCCCGAGCGCCGCUGGCUCCCGUGGCCGUGGGGCCGCGCCUGUGCCCGGCGGGACACGCCGCCUUCGUGGCCCCGCCGCACCUGCCAAUGCUGCCGCCCUCCGUGCUGCCCCCGGCCCCGCUCGCCUUCCCCCCGCUGCCCCACAGCGUCUUCCCGUCCCUGCUGGCCCCGCACCCGGCCGUCAUCCCCCUGCAGCCGCUCUUCUAGGGCCGCGCUGCGGGAAGGAGCCUUCAGCUGCACGGGCCUGCCGGUCCCAAAGUCCCUAAACUCAGCUUCGCAAACCUGGGAACUCAAUUAAAAUUCCUCCUUCCUUUACUGUAAGUAUAAUGAUGGAAACAUUCAUGGCAAGUUCAGACCUAUACUAUAACUAAAGCACUGAAUAGUCYGAUACUAAUUACGAACUGUAUCUAUAUAUAUGUGAAAAUCAUGUCUUAGAAUAUGUAUAAUGUAUAUAAAAUAUAUUUAUAGUUCUAUAACUUAUGUUGUAAAGUAUUCACUUUUUGUUUUUUAUCUUUGUGUAUUUGCACCUAUUUAAUGUUUAGACAAAGCCGAUGCACUAUGUUUUGUACUAUGUUCUCUGAAACUGUAAAUCUAGUGACAAACUAUCUCUUGCAAUAAAUUUUUGUUAACUACUUAAGUAUAUCAAAAAUCUUUCAUUAUAAGCCUCAYGUAUGUUGUUCUUCCAUGUCCUUCUGCAGCUGAAUAGCAUCCUCCCCCCCUGCUCUGCUGGGAUAACCAGGUUUCCUACACGUCAGUGAUUUAUCAGGGAGGCUCAGAGGCCAGUACCUUGAGGGCAGCUGUCUCACCAAGCCAGAGAGAAAGGGUAAUAGAUGUGUUUGUGCGAGCRGCUUGAUGUCACCGUGACAAAUCUUGCCUACUUGUAGUAUGUGCACCAACUGCUGAGUGGUGGRGCUGAUCCCUUUUAUUCUGAACCACAGAAAGACAAUGGAGCAAAUAGAACACCGGCAAUGGAAGGGGAGAAAAGGAUAAUGUUGACARCAGCUGGCUUUGAGGGGAUGUUGCUGGCAGGGGAAUGGUAAAGCCGUGGUUCCACUGAACAGUUUCUCUGCUGGCCCACGGAUCUGUUGGAGCGAUGUCCCUGCUGCUGGGCAGUGUGUGAAGGCAGCGAGAACAGGGGAGCAUGAAAGGGAGGUCAGGGAACCCACCAGGAUUUGACACAAAUUCUUACCUCACUUCACCCCCCCUACUUCCUGCAGCAUUUUGCUAAAGAAAUAGAGUAAUGCAGAAGAGAGAUUAAUUAAACUCGUAAUAUAUUGCCAUUGUUUCUAACUGUGUUUCAGAGACUUCUCCCUACCUCUGCAGCCUUUCUAUUGCUGUCAAACCUCACCCAGCUGUAGCUGGUGAAAUGUUCUCAUUUGCUUCAGCGUGAGGUAUAUCAGACCCMUGCCUGUGACAGUCCAGAAUAAAAGCAGAAGUCGUUCGGAGAUAGAGCCAUCCCUUUGAGUUAAAAUGAAGUGUUAUCACGUGAGUCAAGCCAAGGAUUUUCAGCAUGAAGGGUAGUGCUAGAAGCAGGCCCUCCAUAAUAAAAGGUGAUAGAUAGCUCUCCCAAUUAAUUACUUCUUUUUACCUUUUUAUAUCCUAUAAUAAAAUCAUAUAAAGU